AUGGUAACCAAGGUAAACACGUCCGCCUUUCUCUAUGCCUCCUUCUUGCUGCCAUCCUGCUGGUCUCGGCUCUGCUGCAGCUCCAAAACCGGGAAAAUGGCAGGAUCGACCUGCAGCGAUGAUGAGUACAAUGCAAAGAUAGCGACGAUUCAGCAAAACAUGCAUCAAUGUGAGAAGCGCAGAUUGGAGCUGGAAAGGGAGCUGUUUGCCUUCUCCAGGUCAGAUAAAAGAAUCUUGCAGAUAAAGUGUUCCAAACUGCGUAGCUAUCUGAAAGAAAUCUGUGGCAGAGAAGCACAAGCGAAAAUGAGAAACCUUGAGCUUAAGAGAGAUGUGAAGUGCAUGGAAAUUAGCAUGAAGGAGUAUAAUUUUGACCAUGGCCCCCUGCAACAACAAAAGGCUGCCUUUUUGAAAAAGAUUUCCAGACUUACUGAAGCCAGAAAGAAGACAGAGGAGCUGGUAGUAACACAGGUUAAAGGUCCGCAGAGACGAAAGUGGGACAGCAGCAAGAACUUGAAGCCUGUGGACAUUUUUAUGGACCCCCAGGCCUCCGGGGGCUACGAUGCUGAAGCUGGGACCACAAGUGUACACUCAGAGCAAGCAUUUCAGCGUUCACCCAAUCGCAGCGUUCACCCGCACGAACGUCUACCAAGUGGCCUUUUGAAGGACUUCAUAGUUGGCGGAGAGGAUGCUGCCAGUAAGCGAGCACAUUUAUCAGAUGACAUUUCAAGCUCAAACGAUUCCCCUGACGAAUGUAAUUUGAGUGACAAACAUGAAAGAGCGUCAGGGCUGCCUCCAUCUGCUCGUGCCUUAACAGCCGCAGCUGCCUGUGUAGCUUCUGCAAGUGAUGAUGAACGAAAAGCUUCACCUCCAGUGACCUUGACAGGGUCUGAGAAGAAUCCAUCUCCCAGCAACAGUAACCCUGCGAUGGCUAAGAAUCCCCCUGCAGAACCCACUGACUCCCAAGUGGUGGCUCACAAGCCUCUCAUAAUGCGAGAUGAAGAGAGAGGUCUUGGCCAUUUGAAGCCUGAAACCACUUUUAGAAAAGAAGCUCAAGAGAUAUCAGGAAAAUGUGAGAGUGCUGGUGAACCAAGCUCAGAUGUGCAGUCGUCAGAGAGCAGUUCCAGUAACCUGACAAUUUCUUUGACACAAUCGGAGCUUGAGGAGGAUUUACCAGAGGAGGCUGCAUCAGAAAGAAAUACCUCUCGCAGAGGAAGUGAAGAUCACAAACAGCAUCGUCCUGAUUCAUCCCUCCAUUCUGAUGGGUCUAAGAAUGCAGAACUUUUAACCAGUAAAGCCUCAACUCCAGGAGUGAUUUUGAAAAGACUCUCUCUGGAAGGGCUCUUUAAUCUGCUAGACUCCAUCGAAGGGCGACUCCACAACGAACAGAAUCACGUGUACCAAGAUUCUUCAAUAGAUGGAAGGCAACUCAAUAGGAUUAUCAGACUUUGUGAGGAUGGAGCGGGCUUGGAUGAUGAGGACCUUGAAGCGUGUGGCGCUGUCGUCCUUCAUGAGCUCCGGAGGUUGUCAUGGAGCAUGGAAAAGGGCUGCGUGCUACCAGGGGAGCUGGUGAAAGCGUAUCAUUCCAGCCCUCAGUCUAAUGAAAUAAGCACCAGCCUCCCUCCCAAUGCUGCUCAGCUGUGGGAUCGCUGGUUCAAGCACGCCCUUGUGCUCAAGGAGAGCCGUGUCCUCAACACAGAGCGCUUGGUCCAGCUGUUCACGCCGCUUCUGCUGGAGCGUGAUGCCGACUACAGCCAGCAGGCCAAAGUGUUGCUGAGGGCACUUCUCUCCCGGUCCAGUGAGGAGGGCCCCUCAGCAGAGGAUGAGAGUGACUCUUCUUCUUUGUGCAAUAAUUCUUCUGCCUUAGCGGACGCAGAUGUGAAGCCUUCCUGCUCUGUACACACACAACACAUCGAAGAACUACAAAGCACUAAAGAGGACAGCCAGGACGAAAGCCCGGUGGAAAGUGGUCCUAUUAGAGAGACAAAAGCGUAUCAGUUACUUAGACAGUCGGCCAUGCAGAAAAGACCGACGAGUUCUGAAGAGGAGGAGGAAAGCAGCCUUUCAGGAAUAAAUCAUGGCCAUGAAGAGGACCUGGGGAGGGCCAAACGCUCCUCACAUCAAGACCCUUACCCUCGGAAAGGAAACUCGAAGAUUUAUUCUGCUCUGCAAACAAAAGCUUUUUGGCAGGAAUCUGAUGACAGCAACUCCGAGAUUGAAGCAGCCCUUCGUCCUCCAACUGGCGAAGCAAACAGCAGUGCCACUGAUGACUUUUAUGACUGAUGUUUCUGCAAUAUUAUAUCGUUUUUAAACGUGAGACGGAUGGGCUCUUAGUAAUUCACCCCACUGACCAUACUUUCAUUGGUCUGCAUUCUAAAUCAUAUGCUUAGCAUAUUGUAAAAACAAAUAAAGUUGACAGCUCUUACGCUGGAUAAGGUAUGUGAAGAGUUGUCCAACGCUCUGAUGUUAACCCUGCUUCAUUCUCUUUAUCUGAACAACUCUCCCAGCUCAUAAUAACGGCUCGAAAUAGAUUAAACUGAUCUUUUAAAGCGAUUUGUUUGCACUGGGCUGAAAAUCAUGCAUUUCGAAUGCUGCAAGCAUCUCCGAGUGCUCUACUUGCAACCAGCUGGAGUGUAGGGAUGUGAGUCACCUGUGAAACGACAAAGCACAAUGGCCACUCUGCUCGCUCCGGUGUGACCCGUGAACUCACUCAAGAGGCUUAUCUCUCGGGGCACAAAGUGUUGCAGUGCUAACAUACUCAGGACAUUUAGAGACCCAAACAAAUGCUCUGGACAUUUUCUUAGGGAUGCAACAGAUUUGUGAGCUAAAAUACAAAGAUAUGGUUGAAAUCUCUCUAUUUUAAUGUGCUAAUGACUUACAAGUAGCUGAAAUGAUGCUGAUAUUUCGAAUUGUUCAUGCACAUUGGACAUCCUGGGUCUAUUAUUAGCUGUGUGGGAGGUUACAUUUCAAGGUUUACAUUUAUAGUUCAUUAUUUCCGCAGUGUAAAUUUUCCAAGCUGAGAUUUGGUAAAAGCCCCCUGGCACACAGUGUCAGCAGGAUUCCAUUAGUCAGCUUUUGGUGACUUUAUACGCCUGAACCUUUCAAAGUAGGACUCCACAUUCAUUACCAAUAAUGGCUUCAGUCAGCCCUGACCCAGCACAGAAAAGGGACUGUGGCAGAGUGAUUUACAGUUUGCUAAAAGGUUCCCCAACAUAAUAUCCAGUUAAGGAGCAUGUCAACAGAUACUUGUGUGCGACUGAUGGCUCAUGGUGAAAGUGGAGUUAUAUUGUGCUAAUGUGUGCUAACGGGAGUAUUUUUCAUGAAGAUCUUCUCAGACUCUUUGCCACUGAGACAAUUAGGAAUAUAUUCAUAUCAUUUCUUUCACUAUUAUUGAAGCAUGUGCACCAUUUUAUCUUUGACGCUGCUCUUCUCUUAUAAUCUGAUUUCAUCAAAACAGUUAAUACAUUUCUUGACAUCUUAAGAUACAGUGCUCAUUUAAACUGUUGGGGAUCAAACAAUAAAACAUAAAAUGGCAUUGCUUUAAAACUAAGAAACCUGUGCACAAAUUUGAAUUUAUUGUGAAUUCAAACUCAUUUAGACUGGUUUAGUUGCUAAAUUUCAUAUAUGGUAAUCACAGAGCAUGUGGGGCAAUUUUGGUGGUAUGUUUGCUUGUCUUUAACAUCUGAAAGGGUAGAGCCAAUUUUAAAAGGUUUCUGUCCUGGCAGGAAACUUGCAUUUGACCAUGGUUUAUACAUUUUUUACUUCAGUUGAGUUUGAGGCCAUAACAGAAUUUUAAUGUAAAAUUGUCUAAAGAAAUCAAAACCAGUUUAGAUGUGUAUUUGAGAUUAUUGUCUUGUUGGAAUACUUAUAUCCCUUUCCUACUGGCAGAAAAACCUGUUUAAACGCAGGAACAAUCAGCUUUUAGUGGCAGUGGGAACGGCUAACUGACGAGUGUCUACACAGGUCAAACGACUUGGCAAGCGAUCCACGUUAAAAUCACCUCCUUUCUGGUUGGCAUGCUGUGGGUACACCAGAGUCUGGUUGACCCUCUAAAUUACGUGACACCAUUUAAAGCAAUGUACAGACGUCAACACACUGUGCCAGCCACGUCUUAUCUAACAAGCCGAAUAAACUCUGUUUACAUUUGAUAAACAUGGAAACAUUUGAAGUGGAGAAACCAGGUUGACAUAAAGUUGGUGUAAUGGCUCAAAACAACUGAAAAUCAAUGGACAAACAUUUUCCCCAACUUAGGGUUGCCCCCUUAUGAAAAAGUUUACCAACAAUGUCGACUACUUUACUUAAUCGGUCUCCGCCAAGUGAUGUCAAUUGUUUACCUCGGGCGCGGUACACUACGCCUUUUCCACCUAAAAUGGCGUCUUAGCAACAAAUGUCACGUGACUGGCAGAGACCGAUUUUCCUAAA